AUGCUGCCUGCCUUCCCUUCUGCUGCCAUCCGCGGUGCCGCCCCAGCCCACAGCCCUUCCCUGGCCCCGGACCCUCCAAGGAGACAGCGGCAGGAGCGCACGGUCUACACUCAAAGCCAGCAGGAAGUGCUAGAAAGUUACUUUCAGAACGACCAGUACCCGAACUACCACAAGCGACAGAAACUGGCGGAGGAACUCGGCCUCAAGGAGCACCAACUGCAGGAUCGGCCCAAGCUGUGCCCCACGAGGUCUCCCGGCGCCCAGACCUCAGGCCCCCCUGAGAACCCGCGGUCCCUCCCCUCGAACCCUCCCUGGCCCCCCGGGCUCCCGGGCAGAGGCUUGAGGCCGGCCCCGCCCCCAAGCGGCUCACCGGACCGCGCGAGGCCCUCCCUCACACCUCCUCCCUGUCCCCUCUGCCCCCAGGUGUGGUUCAAGAAUCGCCGCGCCAAACUAGCUCGGGAGCGACGGCUCCAGCAGCAGCCGCAGCGCGUCCCUGGGCGGAGAGGCCGAGGCGCCCGCGCUGAGCCCCUAGUCCCUGCAGCCGCUGCCUCCGCCCCUCAGCCGGGCCUCUCGGGAAUCCUUCCAGCGGCGGAACCCACGAUCUGCAGCCUCGACCAGGCCUGGGGUGGCCCUGGGUGCAGAGCCCAAAAGGGCAUCCCAGAUGUCCUGGGUCCAGGCCCUGGCCCGAUCCCAGCCCCAAUCCGAGGCCCAGCUCAGGUCCCAGGCCCAAUUUCAGGCCCAAUUUCAGGCCGGGUCCAGAUCCCAGGCCCACUCCUUGGCCCAAUCCCAGGCCCAGCUCAGAUCCCAGGCCCACUCGCUGGUCCACUCCCAGGCCCAAUUUCAGGCCCAGCCCAGAUUCCAGGCCCACUGCCUGGUCCACUCCCAGGCCCAAUUUCAGGCCCAGCCCAGAUCCCAGGCCCACUCGCUGGUCCACUCCCAGGCCCAAUUUCAGGCCCAGCCCAGAUUCCAGGCCCACUCCUUGGCCCAAUCCCAGGCCCAAUUUCAGGCCCAGCUCAGGUCCCAGACCAAGCCCAGAUCCCAGGCCCAAUCUCAGGCCCAGGCCCGAUCACAGGCGAGAUUCCUGGCCUAGCCCAGAUCCCAGGCCCAGGCAGACUCGGAGGCCCAGGUCCCAUCUUAAGUCCUGGCCAGAUGCCAAGCUCAGGCUCACUUCCAGGCCCAGCCCCGAUUUUAGGCCCAGGCCCAGGCUCAGUCCCAGCCCCAAUCCCAGGUCCAGGAUCAUUCCUAGCCCCAGCCCCAGUCCCCUUAUGGCCUGAGAGCCCCGAUGCCUCCGACUUCUUGCCAGACACCCAGUUAUUCCCUCAAUUCACAGAGCUGCUCCCACCCCUAGACCCCUUGGAGGGAUCCUCAGUCUCCACCAUGACCUCUCAGUACCAAGAAGGGGAUGACUCUAUGGGCCAAAAAGACUCAGGGUCUCUGUACCAAGAGGAAUGUGGCUCUGUGAAUGAAAAUGACUCAGGCCCCAGGUCAUUACUGGAUUUAUAGGGGGCCUGUGCCUGCAAAGUUCUUCAGAUCCCAGUGGGCCUGGAGUGGCUGGUCCACACUGCUGGUGACUUUCUGCAGUGAAUGCACCACCCUUUACCCACCCGGCUGCAGGCAGACAUUUGCUGUCUUCACUGUGCAGCCAUCACAGGUGGCCUGUGAAUGUGCCUGCCCCUCAUUUGAAUUGAGCCUGAGCAUUUCUCUGCUGGGAUUGGAGUCACUGCUCACUGGGAUGUUUGGCAUUAGUGGAUGCCGCUUGAGAGCUUUGUAAAGGGCUUUUCCCAGCCCUCCUGCUAGUCAGCAUCUUCCCCAACACUUAGGAUUGUGAGACCUUUUGAUGUUGGUUGAUCCAAUGACUUGUGGUUUUGUUGUGGUUGUAAUAUCCAUUUCCCUGAUGUUUGAGAGGUUAAACUCUCACAUGUUAACUGAACCUUAGAAAUCCUCAUAAUGUGUCUCUUUGUUUACCCCUUUUCCUUCAUUUAUUUGAAUGUAUUCUUAUAUUCUCUUGGCAAUUAAAGUUCUGCAAA